AGGAAGGGGAGUAGUAAAAAUGGCGGAGAGUAACAGCAAGGACCAUAAGGAGGAUGCUAACGGAAAUAAAAAUGUUGCUCCCGGAGGGUCUAUGAUAGUGGUCACUGUGAAAACCCCCCAAGGAAAAGAGGAAUUUGCGAUUUCGGAGGAUUCCUCUGUCGCCCAGUUUAGACAGGAGGUAUCCAAAAGAUUCGAGGCCAAGCAGGACCAGCUGGUGUUGAUAUUUACUGGAAAGAUUCUAAAGGAUAGUGAUACUUUAAAGCAGCAUGGUAUCAAAGAUGGACACACCGUUCAUCUUGUUAUCAAGACUGCCCCAAAAACAACAGGUGGCAGUGCAUCUCAGACAAGUCCCAGUUCUGCACCACCUCAACAAAGCACCAGCAGCACCAACCCAACGGAAGCAGAAAGCACAAGAGGUGGUACAGGUCACACACCAACACAACCUGCUAAUGCAAGGGGUGGACUGGGUGACCUGUCUGGCUUGUUAGGUCUCGGCAUGGGUUCAUCCAACUUCAUGGAGCUGCAGCAGCAGGUGCAGAGACAGCUGAUGUCCGACCCACAGAUGCUGUCGCAGGUCAUGGGGAACCCGCUGGUCCAGAACAUGAUGUCUAACCCAGACCUGAUGAGACGGAUGUUUGCGGGCAAUCCUCAGAUGCAGCAGCUCAUGGAACAAAAUCCUGACGUCUCACGCAUGUUCAACAACCCUGAGCUAAUGAGACAGAUGCAGAAUCCCCAAACGCUUUCUAUGCUGACCAACCCCAGAGCCAUGCAGGCCCUCAUACAGAUCCAACAGGGCCUGCAGACACUGCAGGCAGAAGUCCCGGGUUUCAUGUCCAGUUUGUCUCCACAAGGUCUCACAGUUCCUCCAGCCACAGGGGGCAGAGUCCUUCCAGAGAACCCUCCCUCUUCUGCCACGGCAUCAGGAUCCAGUCCCUCACAGCAACAGCUCAUGCAGCAGAUGUUACAGAUGUUUGCAGGCGGGGGGCCAUCGCUUCAGAGCCCGGAGGUUCGUUUCCAGCAGCAGCUCGACCAGCUCAACGCCAUGGGCUUCAUCAACCGCGAGGCCAAUCUGCAGGCACUCAUCGCUACAGGAGGGGAUGUCAACGCAGCCAUCGAGAGACUACUGGCCUAACUCACUCAGUCCAUUUUUGAGUUUUAGGGUGAAAGAAUAGUAGAGUUAGGAACUGAGAGAUUUAAAAAAUAAAAUUAAUAAUUGAAUGAAUACAGUCCUCUGUUACAUUUGAGUCUAACCUGACCCCCAGACAGAUUUAGGAGUAUUCCAAUCACUUGUAAUCUCCUCAUCUGUUCUGUAAAUAAUGGAUGAAAAUGGAGGUUGGGGGAAGAGUGUUGCCAGUUUGAGUUUCUAACACAAUUAGUCUUGUGCUAAAUGCUGUGGCAGCACUGCUACUGUUGAAUGACACCAUGACUAUUAUUGCCACUGUGUUUCUCCUGCCAGUGCAGCCGGAGAUGAUUUCUGGCACGCUUCUUCACUUGACUUCUGCAUGAGGUUAUUAAGAAAUUAACAUUUAAUACGUGUUUUAACAUUAUUUAAUUCUAAAAUAUUGUAUUUAGGUGGUUAUGUUAAAGGGUCUUCAUCAGGAUGUGGUUGCAGAAGGUUGGUUUCGUUGUGUUUUCUGUCUGGACAACCAAUUUGUUUCUAACAUGUUAUUUUUCCACCCUUGAGCCUUAAUCUUGCCUGGUUGGAAGGUAUUCAUGAAGUUAACACUUCUUCUAAGUUGUUUUUUUCAUCUCGACAGCUUCUUUCCACCAUUCUAAAUACUUUAUCUAAUUUAUAUGGUUGUAUCUGCUGCCUAAAUGUUUUCAGGUUAUAGGACCAAGGCUAUGAUGUGUCUAGAAUUUGGUUGUCCCAUAUGACAAUAUAAACUGUAGAGGAGAAGAAUCUGUUGCGAUACCAGGGCAUGUAUCCCUUUAAUAUCUAUGAUUAUAUUACACCAUUGCUGGCAGCAUUGCCAAAAUACAUUAUUGCAAUAUUGUAUAUACAGGUGUUUCUUGGACUUUCUCUGUCUUUUCUGACUAUUCAGCCAGAAUGAAAAAGAAUUUCCAUCUGAUUAUGAUUAUUACUGAUGACAAAUGAAAACAAGCCAUAUAACAUGGUUAUGUAUUUCCAUACAAGCAGUGUAGGGCCUAAAUAUAACUUUUGGGAUCUGCAAUAUAUUACAAAAUUACCUGUGAAAUAUAUGGUUGUAUGUCUGCAUAUGGACUUUUUUUCAACCAAAUAAAUUAUU